AAAAAAGGAAUAAUGGGGUUGAACUUUUAUCAUCACUUCCCCAUGAAAAAAAAAAUAAAUGAUUAAAAUAAGGGAACAACACCUCAUCCCAUUCUUGUUUCUUCUCCUCAUCCCUUAUGAUCUACACUCACGUAACCACCUUUGAGGUGGAUUCGCGAGGUAAAAUUUACAUGUCUCACCUGACACCAAAUUCAGGCACAGGUUUCUUCUUCCUGCCUUAAAUUCGCCCCUUCAUCACUUUUUUUUCCUCCCCUUCUUCUUAUUCUUCUCCCUUCAGCUGUGUUUUCGUUUUUUUUUCAGUUACUCUCCUUCUCCUGAACUUACUAAAUUCUACUCGCUUGGUUUUUUCUUUCAUUUUUUAAUCCCCCCCAAGCGGGCCGGAAUAAUAAUGGGCACCGUUAACAAUUUGUUCUCUGGCGGUUCGCAGCGUUUCUGGGUUCCGUCUCCUCGUCUGGACAGACAAGGGUUCUUCCCCAGUACCUUGGAUUCCAGAGAUUUGCGUGAAUUUAGAGAUACUGCAGCGACACCUGCUACCGACAACAGCAAUGCUGCUGUGUCAGCAGCGACAUCUUCCAUGCCAGGUGAAAACCACGAUCCGGGGUUCCUAGCCAAGUUCGGUCUAGCAGGCUCGACGAAGAUUGAAGCGGACUCGGGACAAGCACCUGUUUAUGUUGAUCCCAUAACCCGAAGAAUGUCUCCGCAACCUGGAAAUAUCUUAACCCUGGGCACUUCUGUAUUCCACCGCAGAUACGAAGAAUUCGCCGCAGCAAAAUGGCCUAACCCCUUUGAAGCAAUAAAGCGAGGAAUUGCGUCUCUUGGAGUGUGUCCCACUGAGGAAGAUAGGGCCAAACUGGGACAGGAGCCUUGCCCAGAUAGUGUUACCGCCGGCGGGGCAUUCAAGUGGCUCCGGUGGUUCCUCAUGGGGGAGGCGCUGAUGUUUUGGGGCAUGUUGGGGUACCAGUACACCACUUGCACUCAGAGGCACGAGUGCCACCGCCUCAUCAACACCAUGCGGAAUGCGCAGGACAUGCCCAAGCUGCUUUUUUGGCUGACCACCAGCUCUGUGUUUGGUGGCACAGCAGUGGUCCUAUCCUCACUCACUGAAAAGUUCCUGGCAAUCCUGGCAGCAGGACUGGACAAGCUCAUGUGCAACACCGCUGAAACCAACACGUUUCUCCGAUCUGACGAACCCAUCAGCAGCACAUCACCCAACAUGUCUGUCAUGCGUGACGCAAAUGCCUUGAGGAAUGCGUGGGAAAUGCAUCAUCCCACAUCAGGCAUUCUUGAGAAUAACAGGAUGAUGCCGCCCAGUAAUCCCUGUGGCGGCCCUGUGUUCAACCAGCAGGAGUACUUUGAACACUGUGUGCACUGUCCGAAUGCCAGAGAACGGUUUUAUGAUGACAGCAACUGUGUGUGCAACCAGCAGGUGCAACAGCAACAGCACCUGCAGGAUUCCAGAUCAGCGACACCUGACGACGACCGGUCGGACUUCCGUCGGUACCUGGAAGACUUGCAAGAAUUCAUCCGACAAAAUGAAAACGCAAACGGUCUGCAACUGAAGGCUUCUUCCUCGAGCUUUUGGCCCAGAAGGCUCUUGAGGGAAGACCUCGAAAACUUUCUUAAAUCAGAAAGUUCUAGUUCUUUUGAACUCAAAGGAAUUGAUUCCAGCAAAGAAGCACGUCUUCGACCACAACACUUGCCUAGUUUCAUCACAGGGCCUUUGAAUGAGCUCUCUAAACUUGAAAAUAUUGAACGAUCUAAAGAACGGCCCACAGCAGCCAUCAUUGUUUGCCCUCUCAGUGAAUCAGCAAAUGAGCCAAUUAUUGAGCCCUGGCAUGGAUUUGAUUACAAGCCAACUAAGGUCAGAUCUAAUGGAGAAAUCAUCAAGGAAUGCGAGUCUAAGGAUGUGAUAGACAACAAAGCAUUGGAAGUUCAGAAACAAGAAUUUGAAGAGGAAGACUCUGGUAAAAAUUCCCCUGAGACCAGUGAAAUACACAAAAAGGAAGCUGCAACAUUCGCAAAGGAGUCUGAUUUCAUUGAAAAGCCACUCACCUCAUUGCUGACAUAUGAGCCUUCACCUGUUUAUGAAGAUAAAUUACUCAAUGCUGAAAGAUUCUGUCCAGACUUCAGGGUGAUCGCAGGAAGCAACGAUGUGGACGAUUUGAUGGAAGAGCAAGGGUCACUAACCGAGUUUGAACAAGGCUUAAGGAAGAGACUGAUUCAAUACGCUGCUGCUUACUGGGUCUUCACAAUAAUUCUGCAUUUCCAUUGCACUGAAAGCAGCAAAGGCGACUGGUUUUCCAAACCCGUCGCCAACCCCGUAUGCGAAGUGAUUUUCGGCAACUUGUGGAUAAUCCUGGGACUCCCAGCUAUUUUCGGGACCAGUUUCGUCGCCAUCACAGUUUACGACCUGGCCAUACCCCACAUUCACAACACCUAUCAGAACCGAGAGCACUAUUUCCAAGCCCUCCUGGACAAAUACCAAUCUAUCAGAGACACCCUCAGGCUCAGAGUCGAACAAGCAGCUAGCAAUUUUAUCAGGGAACAUCCCGCAAACAACAACAACAACAGUGAUACUCCUUCGGCAGUGUUGCGCAGAAUCGCGAACCGAUCCGGGCUGCACAACUUCCGGGCCGGAAACGAAAUCCCGGGUUCCACAGCCUUCGAACAGCCCCAUUUCCAAAAGUUUUCCCUGGUUCCGUCCGCGACGAAUGCGGAUCCGUUUGCCACAGGGAUUUCGAAUAACACGUUGAUCGUGGCGGUGCCCGGAAGGGCGAAUUCGGAUGCACUUCCGCUUCAGUGUACUGCAACCGGAGCCACAAUUUCCGGAGAAACGCAGCGGAAGGAGAGGGAAGUAAGUCCGGAAGCUGACGACGACGAACUGCGUUCUUUGGCAUCCGUUGGCAGCGCUGCUUUGGUGAAGAAUAAGCUGGUGGUGAAAUUCACCUCGAGGAACAAUAAUAAUAGUAAUAAUAACAAGGUCAAGCAAGCGCCGCUGAUUGAAGAACCGGACCUGACGAGAUCCGUGAGGAACAGCAUUAAUCUGAGGACCUCCAAGAGGAGUCCGACUCACAUAGUGCCCCUGGUUUUCAGCAGCACUCCGGAGAACAGACUAAGACUCACUAGGUCACUCCCUGGAGACAGCAUUUUGAGUACUAAUAAUAACAAGCCAUCAAUCGCAGUGAUCCCUUCGUUCACAACUUUCGAAUUAACCCCUGCAAACCAGGACACGUUCAAAACAAGCCCGACUUCACUGAAGAACAUUUCAAUCAGGUCCCCAGCAGCAGCAGUCGUCAAACAGCAUCACGAACCGUCUGAUUUCCGGGUCCCGAAAUUCGAACCCGUCGCACCCACCAAGUCCCAUUCCCACACGGGUUGCAAACGUUUGCAAAAACUCAUGGAACUCAAGAACCUUCUGAACCCGAGACGACGAACCCGACGAUUCCCGAGUCUACCCAAGCCCUGGAGCAAACGGACAAAUUCUGAUUAA